GGGAGCAGCAAGUCAAAGAACGAGCGCGCAGUCAAGACUGCGCCCAUCAGAGAGAGACCAGCAGGCUCUACAAUGGCAUCAUUCACCACCUGAUACACUGAUAGAGACAUGCUGGAGCUGGUGAGCGCUCUUCAGGGGAGAUUUUAAGACGCAGUCUCGCUGUCUGCUGUCAUUUGAAAUGGAGUAACAGAGGAGGAGAGAAUCAACGGGCUGUUCUCCAUCACUGACGGGAGGCGCUCUCCACCUGCUCUCUGACUGGAGGCCCGGGAUGCGCGCAAACAUGCACAAGUGCCUCUGUUAAAAGAGAUUAUACACAUAUAGCAGCUGUUAAGGAGUGGGAAACACUCGAAAUUAAGAAGUGAACACUAUCUGAGUGCUUAGAGAAAGGGUAAAACGAAUAUAAUGACGUACUUCACAAGCAAAUCAUUCUCCCAUUGAUGGACAGGAAACAGACCCGUGUCAUCCUGCAGAAUUUGGGCUCAACACAAGAAAUACUGGAUCACACGAUCUGAAGAAUUAUCCAAACUCGUAUGGUGCCAUAGAUGCUGCCUUACACAUGCCCUCCAAGGCUGCAAAGUGAGCGUACAGAGAGGCAAUUCAUACUGCCACAGCAUUACAUUGGCCUUAACGGACCAACACGUCCCACGGCCACUGUCAACACAGAACCUGGUGAGAGGACCGGACCACGUUACAGAUGAGUUCUGAAGCCACACAAUAUCCCUCACACCCUGUAUUGCCAAGGGUGUGAGCCACCUUAGGCCUUUCAGAGAAGUCCGCAUCCAACCCUAUUUAACUAUGAUAGAGCCUGCAAGUAUUCCUGGGCUGACACAGGACUGUCUGAUUCAGCAGAGCCGCACCUGUCCUGGCUGCUUCAUUGAGACCAAGGAUGGGUCAAAUGUAGAACCCAGUAUUAACCUUAAAAUGGCUGACAUGAACAGGGACUACAGCAGCUGCCCGAUCUCUGAAAUCAACAUGCAGUGCAUGAGCACAAGUGAGACAGGUUAUGGAGACCAGCUCCUCUCUGAUCAGCUUUUGAGCUUUCCUGUCCCCAAAAGCCAAUUGGUGGAGAAGAAGGACACAGAGAAAGCAGACUUAGAUGAUCCAGCCUCCAAAAACCUGUAUGAGGGCUUGCUAUUAGACAAGUGCAAUGGAGUGGACGGCUUGCUCAACAAUCCGAAUCAGGACUGGGGCUACUUUGAGUCCUUCAUCAGUGAGAGUAAGAUGGAAUUGCUGGAUCUCUGCUCUAAGAAUGAGCUAUCCGCAAACCUCUUCUCAGAGGAUGACGUGGACAAUUACAUGUUUGAUGAUGAUGACGAUUCCACCCUGAGCAGCGACGUUUGCUCGCUUAAGAUCCGCUACGAGUCCUUCCAGGACAAUAUGAGGGAAAAAACCAAUGUCCUACAAGAGGAGACGCAGUUCAACUUUUUCCCAAGUGUCAUGGUGAACUGCACAAAGAAAGAAAGUGGUGUGAUAAAACAAGUUGGGGAUGAGCUACCACCAAAACCAGAGGAGCUUGGUCAAAAUGACAGCAAAGGUGAUGGUAGUGACAGCUCCAUAGAGCAGACACCUGAUUACAACCGUAAAAUUAACUACUUCAUCGAUUCAAGCAACUCGGCUGAUGACUCUGGGGAGUAUAGCGAUGACAGCUCCUCCACCAUUUCCUCAUUUGACACCUUCCAAAACAACAGGCCUAAAAACAUGUUCUCACAAAAGAACGCAAGCUGCUCCAACCAUCUGAACUAUGGAUUGCGGGCCAAGAGAAAAGUUAGGUACAGUGAUGACUACUUGUAUUACGUUGACUCCAUUGAGGGUGAAAAAAACAUGGAGAAGCAAGAGAAGCCACCUACUGGUCCAAAGCAAGAAGUGGAUGAUGACUGGCGCCCUAAAAAGAGACGAAAAUGCUCUCGCAAGGAUCCACCUGUAAUAAUCAAAUACAUUAUCAUUAACAGGUUCAAAGGAGAGAAAUGCAUGGCCGUAAAGCUUGGCAAAAUUGAUUCAGCCAAUGAGACUGUAAUCUUAAAUAAGGACACAAUCAACAAAUAUGAAAAGCUUUCUCCUCUGAAAGAUUUCUGGCAGGAGAAAGAGAGAGAAAAAGAGAAACAGCUUAAGCUGGCAGCAGGAGAUAAACACAAUUCCCACCAUCGCACCUUUAGUUCCAGUCCCCCCAAACAGAAAUACAAGCUAGCAAACAGGCUUAGGAUUCAGAGAAUUCAAACAGUGGAGCAAUCACCCAACACGCAGGGCCUCUUUGCCUCUGAUCUCAGGCAGGAGGUUGCUUCUACAGAUAAGACUGCCUCCAUAAGAAGGCCAUUAACAAUAGCCACCAGCUGUGCCGGCACAUUAGACCCAAAUGACAUCAUACGCACUGGUGCCCUGAAGAGCAGAUCCCAAGAGAGGGAGGAAAGGAGAAUAGGAAAUAAAAUAUUCAGAAUUAAGAAAUUCAGAAGCGAAGCCAGACUUAGAAGCAAGAAAAUGAGAGACCUUGCGGAGAAUAGCGAGAGCAUGACAGACCUGACAGAAGUUUGCACACUGCCGAAAAACACGGGCGCUGUAGGAGGUGCCGAAGACAAAAAAGUCAGCGCAGCUGCACACAGUCCCCAUUUGUGUGAGAGUCAAACAGCUAAUACCGCUGAAAAAUUUGCUUUUGUGUCUACCACCUGCUCCCCCAACAAAGGGACAUCAUCUGAGAAUGUGGCCACAAGUGUCCCCCUUAUCCCUGGAGGCUACCUACAAACGUUAUUAGAUGCUUCGGAUUCUUCUGGAGGUAGCACUGGAAUCUUGUUUUUACCUCAACAGUUAGGGUUAGUAACCCAUACUCAACUAGAUGUUUCUUUGGAAAAGAGGCAAUUUGCCUCAAUUCAGCUAGCACAAAGCUGUGUACUUUCUCCACCAUCAGAAUCUGAGCUCCAACAGUCACCACAGAAUUGUCCUAAUCUUGCCCAGAUGUGGCACCCCCAACUUGGUCCCCAUCAGCAUUUUGUCACUGCAGAUAUUGCAGAAACUGUGAUUCAACCCAACAGCUUCACCGGCGAAAUGGCCAUGCCAAUGUGCGAGGGUCUCACAGUGUCAAGCUACAACCAACUGAGUCUAGAGAGCAACAGAAUGCUUUAUGAAAAGAAUUACUUACCCGAGCAGCCAUUGCCUCCUGAUGCUGAGUUUCAUGCUUGUCAGGGGCAACCACAGUUUCAAAGAGCCACAGUGCACACCGACAAUGGCAGGCUCAUCAGUUUCGACUCAGUCGGCUCACUGUCAGCUACUUCUAGCAAUUACAGUUCUCUGAGUCUUAAGACCAGUGAGAAAGAUGGCGAGGAAGAUGUGAACGAGAACUUUCUGGCCCACUGCAGUCCCAAACUGGUGAUUCAGCAGAGUAUCGAUGCAAUCACACCCCUGAGGGAGUCCACAGACUUGCUGGAUAUUUCCAACUUCACUCCAGAUAAAUUCAGACACACUUCAUUGUCUGAGCUUUCUCCUCCAGAGACACCCAAUUUAUCCCCUCAGGUUAUGUCCCGUGAGAUGAAGAUCGCUGUAAAGGACAAUGACCUCCAGAAAGGGGCUAAAAUGUCAUGCACCAAAGAUGUGAAUUGGGGCUGCAACAUGAUAGAGCAGCACGAUUUGGCUGGAUAUUCAGUGGAUGGUCACGAGUACCAAUUGCACGUUUUUAAUGGUGAAGACAACUUAAGCCUAGACAAGAAAGAGGCAAAUCAAGCUGACUUUGAUGCAAAGGGGGCCAAGUCAAAGAAGAAAAAUAGCAACAAACAGACUGCAGGGCAAUAUACAAAAAAAAGCAAAGCCCCAAGAGCUCCUAAAGCAGAGAAGGUCAAAGUUCCACGUCAGACUUCACGAACAUCUAAAAAGUUGAAGGCCUUAUUGGAUGAGAAGGGUGGUAAAGGCCAGGCUGUGGGCGUAACUCAGCUGCUAAAAGACAGCGGCUCUGAAGAAUGGACUGGAAGUCAAGUCCACGAUGAGCAACGAGAGUUUGAAGAGCCAUCCAACAUCUUAUCAAACAUUGUUUCAGGGAUGGCCGAGGUGCAGCGAUUUAUGAUGGCCUCUAUAGAGCCAGUUUGGGGUCCAGCUGCAAAUAUGUGCCUGCCCUCAGAGGCAAACAGCCUAAAGUUAAAAACUCUCAAAAUCCUAGCAGGAACCUCAUCCGACUCUAAAAAGAAAGGCACUGGGGUGUCUGGGGGAACAAAGGUCAGAAAAGGUGGGACAAAACGUGGCAAGAAUCAGGCAAAGUUUAACACCUCCCUUCCCUUUUUUCCCCAGUUGGCUCUCGGCUGCAACAUGUUUGACAAGCCUAACCUUGGCGUUCCUGGUAUCAAUGGGCCCGCACACAAAAAGAUGUACCGCCACAAAACAAGUGCAAAAUUCCCUCGGAUUGACAAUCUAAAGGGUACGCAAGAUGAACGAGACCCAAAUAAGGACAUAUCAUUAAUGGCUUCUUUUGAAAAACUGAGGUAAUAUUUUAUAUCUAGCUGCUGAUGCACGUUCCUCACUAUUCCCAUUUCCUUCUCAUUUCCUGACAUACCUACACUGACUUGAGACCAGAGAUGCAUGGAAUUAUGUUAUCCUUUAGUAUCCCCACCUUCUUUUUGCCUCCGACGAAGAUUUUGAUAUCUUGCAUGAAUAACUUAUUGUACUUGCAAACUACCUAUUGAUUAAUCGUGCAAGGCUUGAUUGAGAUUUUCAAUGACCAUGGCUGCAUUUUUUCUUCUGGAUUCUUGUUUUUGUUUUGUUUUUCUUCCUUGCAAUUGUUGAUUCAUUUUUGUCUGAAGAAUAGGAAAAACUUUAAUAAGUGCAAAUUCUCUUUUUGGACCCUUUUUUUUUUUUUUGUUAUUUUCUCAAGUGAAUUUUGCUACCCUUAUGUAAUUAUAUUUCUUCAAACAUGUAGCUUAUUAAAAAGUCUUUGUGUGAAGCAAGCUCCUCAUUUGAUUAUGUAUGCAGAAACAGAUGCCCUUUCCUCUAUUUUUACCCUUUUACUGCUUGUCUUUUUUUAAGUGGGAAAUGCUCAGCCCCUUGUCUAGGAUAAUCAACAUAAUUGGUAAUACCCUAAAUAUCAAUAGCACACAAUGAGACCAUUUUGUAUUGAAAACAUAUCAGAUUAACAUUGUUUCUUGUUUUUGGAAUGUACUUAUUUUCUCUCUAUCUACUAUGCUUUUUACAGGAGUUGUACUGGAAAUUGUCUUUGAGGGUCAUUUCUAUGCCAUGGAAAUCCCAAAAUGUCUUUUUUACUUUAAAUUAAAUAAUAAUAAUAAUGAUAUAUAUUAUAGAUUACAACAGUAUAUUAUUAAAAAUAGAUUAUUAUUAUUGUUGUUGUUAUUAUUAUUAUUAUUAUUAUUAUUCAGUGUCACUGUACAGAAAUGCACUGUUUAAAGCAAAACAUGGAUCCUAUCAGUGUGCCAAAUGGGAACUCUCUGUGCACAUUUAUUAUCUGUAUAAAUACUUGCUGUUUCAUUUACUACCCUGAUCAAGUCUUAACAAGCGCUGACAUUUCUCUUUGGUUAGUAUUUUGUUUUGUUUUGUUUUCUUUCGGGACCCUAUCGUUUGAAGAGCACCUGCAGCUGAUAGUGGUACAACCACUCAACCAAAACUACUAGACUCUGAACUUUCUUACUUGUGUCACCUUACUUGCCAAAUUCAAUGUACCUCAGCACCACUUCUGCUUAGAAUGAAAGAGAGAAGCAGAGAUGGACUCUUCUAAACAUGGAAGAGAACAUUGAUAAUGUUAAUAGAACAUCAUGUACUUUUGUUUUGUGAAUUUAAGUUGAAAGAGUACUUUUGAUGGUAAAAAAAAAAAAACACAUUUCCACAUUUAAACAAUUCUCAGUCAUUUUACCAUAAAUGAAGGAUUGUGGGAUUCAAAAGUGUAAGUCCACUUUGAAAAUCUGUGAUUUAAAAUCGGUUUUAUAUCUGUAAAAGAAAAGGUCAUGUUUUAGGAUUUCUAAAAAAAUGAAUGAGAAAUAUUUAAGUUUCUUUACAUUAGUCAAAUGUAAGCUAAUUUGUGACAUUGACCAUGUUAAAGCGGAAGUGUGUAAAUUUUCAUUUUUAAAAUAUUUUUUCGCCUAUCCCAGCUUAAUAUGCAGAGACAACUACAAGUAGGCCAUUCGUAGGUUAAAUUUCUUGAAAACUAAACACUGUGUCUUUGUGGCGCUAUAAAAAGUGUUCUGUUUGUUUUGAGUGACUCUGAGUGGCCCAACACAACUUUGACUCAUCAAUGGCAUGAGUUGGGGGCGGGAGGUCAGAUUUUCAGAUUUCCUCCAUGGUUUUGGAACAUUCUUAAAUCAUGCUUGGAUAACAUCGGUUAUCAUGGGUUUUGCUAAAAGGGGGAGAUACAUAUAGACACCAAAUAUACUUUUGAACCGCACCGUAGCUCAUAACAUGUUUUAAGUAGAAUCAACCUGUAUGAGCUUAGGUGAACAUGCUAUGUUUUUUUGGGGCAUAUAAUUAGAACAUUACCCCAACAAGUUUAGGUUUUCACAAAAUUUCACCUCACUUUAUUGCUGUAUAGAACAUUUAAAACCAAAUCAGUGCUUUAGAAAGCAUUGAAUGCUUUGGCAUUUACCAGUUUCAUAGAUGGCACCUCUGAUUUCAAAUGAGUUGUUCCAAGAGAAUAUCUCAGGUAAAGUAAUGCCUUACCUAUAGCUUUCACCUUUCAACUCAGCCCCCGCUGCCGCCAUGUUUAAGACCAGAAUGAUGCUGAAGUGGAACUGCACAUGGGCUGUAUGCCCGCCUUGUCUGCCUUGUCUCAUUUCUGCCUGUUGUCAACUGAAUGUACUUAACGUUUUUUACUAUGUGCCACUGUUAAGCUGCCUCCUACUGGUGCUAAGAGGGUAAUUUUAUUCGCCCACAAAUCAUGAAACGAGGAAUACUAGAAGUGAAAACCCUGUUCCCUCUCUUUAUGAAUGUACAAUAUAUGGUUCUGUUUGAUGUAUUCACAACAUUGUCAUUAAUUGGAAUUGUUUUUGCCUUUUUGUUGGAGAACAUACUGAGCUUUAUAAAUAUUGUCUAGAGUUGAUAACAGAGGGAUUCUUAACUCUUGACAUGACAAAAAUAUUGUAUAUUUUUCUCUGUGCCAAUUUGUAAGAUAUUUUGUAAGUGUAUAUUUUUAUUAGAAAGUGCUGUGAAGUAUUAGUGUGCGUGUGUGUGUGAGAGAGAGAGAGAGAGAGAGAGAGAGAGUAACCUUUUUUGUGCCUCUGUAGGCAGUGAAAAGGAUGUACAAUUACAAGAUUUUGGUUUUAAAAACCAAAAUAUUAAGGAACACAAAAAAGAAAACCAAUCUACAUUUUGUUGCAAGUUUUGUAAGAGGAAAAUGAUCUUGUUGUGAGAGUGUUUGUGUUAUUGUGGAAAACACAUAGUCAAAAAAAAUAAAUAAAAACGAACGAAAAAAACAUUGUGAACUAUUUGCUGUUUUAUAGAUUUUCUUGUAAAUUAUUCUUGUAUAAUUUUAUGUUGUAUUUGUUGCAAAGGUUUUAAAUAUUUGUGAUCAAGCCUGUAUGGUGAAAUGUAAUAUUGGUAACUUGCUGAAUUUUGUAAUAAUGUUUAUGGAGUACCUAUACAAAUUAAAAUGAGAUUUUGAAUGCU